UAGCAUCAGUCCGCCCCGCGUAGUUACGUACUAAACGUUCAACCCCUGGAAAAAAAGCCUUCCUUUGUGACCUAAUUUUGCAAGUGCGUCUUUUCUCAGCAACAAAACCGCGGUUGUUUACCUAAUAAUGGAUACGUAUUUAGUUUUCGAAAUUAGUUUGAACCUGAUUUUAUUUGUUUUACAGGUCCAUUACUUUGAUUUCUGAAAAUGAAAAUGAAAGAUUUAUCCGACGACGACACCAACAAUGACGACAUCGUUCCAAUCGCCGUACAAAUAUUUCUAUGGAGGCAAACGACGCCUUUUAUGCGACCAAGAUUUGGAAAAGUUCAUGAUUCGGCGUGCAUGUUCUGUCAACGAGCUCCGGGACAUCAUGAAUUAAAAGAAGCUUGCAAGUCUUUUGAGAAAGUGUUAGUGCAAAAUCUUCGCUUUGGACUGGCAACUAAUCUCACUGAUGCUAUAGAGGCAAUCCCAAGAUGGCGACUUAUACAAGCAGCCUUACCACAUGUGAUGCAUGCCUUAGCAGGCCUUCUUCACAACAGAGUAAAAGACAAUAUGCAAACCCUGGGCAACAUAGAAACAAAACUUCUGUACACCUUACAUUGGAUAUUACUUGAUGCUUCUGACGAAUGUGCUGACAAUGACUAUGAGACUGGAAAAUAUUUCUCUAGUCCCUUUCACUAUUUAUUUUCUGUGCCAGCAAUGACUCUGUUUGUGUUUCUGUUUGCACCUAUAUCACAGCACUUAAAAGAGUCAGAUUUCACUAGCAACUACAGGUUAGAGAAUGGACUAAAGCUGUGGCAAGCUCUUUGGGAGUUUAGGCACCCAGAUGCUUCUUGCUUCACCACAUUAGUCAAACCUAAACCCAGGCCGCUUGGUGGAAAGUAUUCAAAAAGACCACAACAGGGGGAUAUAUUCAUGGGUCGUAAAUUUUCAAAAGAAGAAAGUGCAGUAAAUGGCAGCCCCCCAAGUCAGAAUGUAUCAGUAUCGCAAUCUGAAGCACCGUCGAAACAAGCGAGUACUGAAGAAGAACCUUGGCUGUCAUCACCUAAAGAUACUGUUUUCCCAGAGACCAUCCCAGAAGAGAGCUCUAGUACAGAAGAGGAGCAUGUGUUUAUAUACCGCCUACCGUCAGAACAGAAUUAUAGCGGCGUAAAUAGAGGUACCUACACAGUGUAUGCAGCUGAUCCCAGCAUAUUUCAACUCCGAAAAACAGAUCCCACAAAACCCACUCUGCCUGGUAUAAAACCAUUACCACAAAUCACUAAAAUGAGUUCAUCAGACAAAGAGUCAUUAUCUGACAGCGGCGGCGGACCAGUAAAAGGCACUCCCACUGCUGAAAAAUCUAGCAGCAUCAAACAAAUACAACACGUAUCUGCUGCAACUUUUUUGGAUGUUGCCACUUUGCGAUGUCUAUUUGCAGCACAAUGGCAAGAAGAGGGAGUUUAUUGGGCUUUACACUAUUUAUACAAUAGGCUACGUGAUAUUUGCGACGACAUGUCAAAACAAACCCAGCCUCGAAGAAGAAGUAAUUCAUUACCGAUACCUAAAAUAGAAGUAUCUAUUUAUCAAAGCCCAGAUAUAAAGGAGCGAGAUUCAUUAAAAAACUUUAUGGAGGUUCCGGAAUCCAAAGACAUUUCGCCGAUAACAGAAAUUCCGUACAAUGUACCUAAAAUAGACGAUGAAAACAUUAUGACGCGAAGAGCGAGCGAAAAAGUUAAACGGAAAAUGAAAAUGGCCGACCUAAAAGCGUUUGUAGAAACGAAACUUUUAUCGAAAUCCGAAAAAGCUUUAGAAAAAAUUGGCCAAGAAGAUCAUAAAUUUAGUUUUCAUACUGCAGUAAGAAUGAUAUCUGAAUACCAUCGGAGUCUCGAUAAUGCAGAUGAUCGCCCUAAUUCAGCUCUUGCAAGCAACUUUCCUCCCUUGGCACCCAGACUUACUGGUGACCUUCUUCAGUGCAAUCUUAUAAAAGGGAAGAGCAUGCCAAGUCUUAGCUGUCUUAUAGAUGAGCUAGCAUCUAAUGGAUACAUUGGCGAAAUCAAAACUGAGCGCGCCCAAGGAGUUGCUAUUGCAAAGCCAUCGACCCUUCAAAAAAAGAAAAAUCCGAUCAUAACUGUAACAGAACAUACACCUACGCCAUCACCUGAUUAUCUGUCCAAAACUAGACAAGGUUCGUUAGAAUCUCAAAUGGACUCAGUGAGCAUGCAAGGGUCACAGCAUAUUCCAACACCGGAGCGCAAGCCGAGCUUGACAAGGUCACAAACUGAUUCUAAUAUAACAUACAUUGUGGAAGAAAUACAAGAAGCACCCGGCUCUCUUUAUUAUAUCACUAAAGAAGGAGACAUUGACUUUCAAGUUGUUCUUAAGGCAAUUUAUUCGGUUUCGAUCAUGGAUAGUUUCUAUAUAACAAUGAGAGUAAUGGAGGUGAUGCUGAAUUUAGUUGAUACGCUAAUGGAAGUCGGUGUACACAAAAACUGGCAAUCUGAUGCUGAUCAGGACCCACAACCAGAGACAAUUGAUCCUUUAGCGGAUUUUCAGAAGGAUAAGGACAGCAAAGAAAGAGAUUCAGGAAUACCUUGCGCUCAAAGUCAAGAUUCAACUAACGUUGAAGGUGGCGACGGUAAAGAAAAAUGUAAGGAAGAAGAAAAUUUUGACUGUCCGUAUUACAUGAUUAUGUAUAUUAUUCUUAGGUUGCUACGUCAGUUAGGCUGUUCUCAUGGCUGUACAACGGCUCUAAGGGGGCCUCAGGCCGAGUGUCUCCGCGUCCAAGCAAGAAAUUCUCUCCGCCAAUUACGUACCGAGUCCGUCACCAAAUUCACUUUACGUCUCAAAGAAAUGACCAAAUUCGCCCCUAUAAGGGAGGUGUUGGACAACCUUCAUUCCACUCUGGGUUAUUGCGCUGAACCGGCUUCGAUGGUCUCGCCAAUAAGCCAACAAAAAAGAAACUUCACAAAAUCUCCAGACAUGAAUCACUUACAGGCGGGUUACGCUACAAAUUUUGGAGCCGGCCAAGGCCCCAAUGCUAACAGAGCUUUGGAAAACUUUAUAGUAGAAUCUACAUUCAGAGUACUGGUUACCAGAUUUGCACUAAUGCACCGAGAAUUGAAGUUGCUGGAUAACUCGGCCUUGUAUGCAGAAGUACGUUUACUGCUAAGCUAUGUCUUAGAAGCUCACGGUGGAGAGUUCCGUGUAGUAGCUUUUAGUGGUCUAAUGGACACUGCAGAACGACCUGGGACACAACCUAAAGAAUCUCACAUGCAGACCACUAGGGUUAUAAGGCAUAUUCCGAGAAUGACUGACGACGAGCGCAGUUCUGAUACGGGCGCAGACUCGGGUUGCGCUACUGACGACCGCAGUCAUAAAAAGUUCACAUUCAAAAAAAGAAGCACUUCUUCAACCGGCGCCCACGUGAGUUUGAUAAAUAGUCUCCUAGAAACGGAAGCAGGAGAUGAAUCUGCAAGUCAGUCCCCAUUGUCAGUACGAACAAGAAGGUAUCAACUCACGCCGCGACAAUCUGAAAGGACGAUUCCUUCCGCGUCGUCAGCGGAUAUCACACCCCACCACACCAUAGCGCAUUCCAAGUCAAUACCUUCGAAAUUUCAUAUAAGUGGCAUUGUAAACUGGUUCCGUCAAAAGCCUCAACCACAGCCUUUAGCGCGAAACGGAGCGGGUUCUGGAGAGUCUCUGCCUAUAUCGGGCAGUAUGGCCUCUUUGGCGCGGCCGUAUCACACGCAACCGAUACAUGUGUCUCGACCUGUGCAUGUCAAACGACGCGUCGGCUAUACGCUCAACAGAGCGAGGAAAAGAGUCGAGGAUAGAUUAAACAGGUUUGGUCUCAGAAAAAUUGGGAAAAAACGUGACGGAAGUAUUGAAGAAACCACUGGAGGAUACAUGUCCCGUCGCGGUUCUGCUGAGGGUGGUUCUGGUGGUGGGGAUUCGGAAGUGGUAGUGUUGAAGCGACGUAGACUGGUAGCCGCCGCGCCGUUGUACGCCGGCCUGGCGCGUUUCAGCUUCAUAUUAGACGCUACACAACCAGGUGGCACGCCUGAUGCGCUGUUUAUGGCUGCAUUAUUAGAUCUUCCGCAUACGGUAGUGGUUGGGCGAGCUGCAAUACUUCUUGAGUGUGCAUUUUUAGUCCAUAACUGUAACAAAGGACAGUGGCCAUAUUGGUUGAAAUCAAACAUGGCCAAAAAUCCUUUAUCUUCUGGGCCCCUUCAAUUGAGGCGGCAACGUUUAGCUGGAAAGCUAUUCUACCAAUGGGCAGAAGCAAUAGGGAACAGACUCGAGGACAUGUUGAAUGAGGACAAAAAGCACAUAGACACUGUUGUUAACCUUGUGAACGAUCCCGAUGGACAAAGAGAAUUGUUACAGCAAGAUGAAGAGGAAGAUUUCUUAGAUGAAGCCAGUAUUCGAUUGCCUGGGAAAACUAUCGGUGCGGAAUGUCCUCGAGCACUUCGUAUGAUUGCUUGCGUCUUGCUGUUUGAAAUCACCGCUUUCCUUCGAGAGACCUACCAAAACUUGCCUAAAUCAUGUCGAUCUUCGUUGAAAGAAAGAGGGCCUUGGGACAGGGUAUACAGGUGGAUGCAAAAGCGGAGACGUUUAUUGUGUAAUAAUAAGGCUCUUAGCAGUCAACACACAUUAAUGCCAGUCGAAGAAGCCAACCGUCGAUGGAGUAUGGCUUUAUCAAGUAUGGGACAUUCUCAAGCUUCGGCUCAAAGUCUACAAUCCAUUGCGGGGGCCGAAACAGAAAGGAAAAUCUCUUUUGUAUUACACGAGCCAGAGAAUGUAUCUGGUGGCAGUAGUGUAACGUUACCGGAGGCAAUUCCAAGCGACGACAAGAAAUCAAGGUUGGGAUCUCGUGCGAAAGGCAUCGCCCGCCGCAACACUCAACAGCAUGCAGCUUACGGGUCAUUCAAACGACGUUCUAUUAAGUUGCGGCAAAAAGAUCCUCGAGAACUUGAUGAAUUUGUAACUAAAAGGUCCGAUUCGAUACAAAGUAGAAGAAAAGUUUCUUCGUUAUCUGAUAGAAGUGACACCUCCGAAGUUUAUCCUGGAGCAGGAGGUACAGUGAUAAUGCCAAACGAAGUCGACAGCGGUGGCGAAGAAAGCCCAGGAGUUUUAUCCGACGAUCACGAUCACCCCCCCGAUAGUCCUGAUAGCAACUCGACCGACCCACCCGACAUAAAUAAAGGUUUCCCUUGGCUUAAGGUGAUAGUAAAGUUCUUGAACUCAUUCAAUUAUGUAUGCUGUCACCAAAAUUUUUGCCAUCCGUAUUGCUUUAGACGCAACAUGCGGGCAACUGUUCGACUUACGAAAUCUGUUCAAAAGAUAUAUGGAGAAAAAUUCGGUCCAGAAAUAAAUACAACUAAUAACGACGAGGGACCUGGCGGAGUCAGACGAGGACGACGCACACGAAAACCAUCUGAACACGCAAGUGAUAGAAUCGAUCGAUCCGUCAUAGAAAGCGCCGGUUUGGCUUAUCGCACGUCAGGGGUGGAAGCAACUGUACCCAAUAAUGAAACCCCGCCUGUCACUAAACCUGGCAACAUUCCGUACCCGCCUCUCGAGCCGCCGCCUAUAUUGAAGUACAUUAAAACGCAUGUACGCGACGCAUACCACGCGCCGCUAGCUGCGUUGCUCAAAGGCGCGACCACUCUCCCCGAGGACGUGUUCGCGGACGUAGCGGGCGCGGCGUGGCACCUGCUGCUAGAAGCGGACCGCGAGUUGAGUGCGUGCGCGGCGGGACUGUUCAUUCUCACGGCAGUGAAGGCGCCCGCCGCCGCCGCACACCUGAUGCAUCGACAUCUCAAACACCCAGAUCCUACUGUCAGAAUCAAUGCCAUAUUACGAUUUCAAGUAAUGUGGAAACUGCGAUACCAAGUGUGGCCUCGAAUGGAAGAGGGUGCGUCGAUGACAUUCAAAGUGCCUCCGCCGGGGAUCGAAUUCACUCUCCCUUCACCGAAGAUAGGGAUCGAGUCGUUAGCUGUAGUGGAUCCGCCGUGGAGUCCGCAAGUUAAAGACAAGGAUAUGGAAAUGACUCUUAACCAAGAGAGACAUCGAUCAUUAGUGACUGCAACAAAAACCCGCAAAAAGCAACAAACAGAAGCUAUAAAGAAAGCUUUACAACAGCGUGACGAUAAGAAAAAGGCUGAACGAGAGAGCUUCCUUAUCACUACCAUUCCGAUAACUCGUCAGGCAGCGAGAGAGCCAGCGUUGGACCAUGCUGCCGACGAUCAUAUUGAACCUCCAGCAGACGAGGAAAUAGUGGAAGGUGUACGUGGAUCUCACCACACUCAAGUAGCGUCAGCGUUGUUUCCUUCUGUGCUGUGCUCUGCGGUGGCAGAAAUCAUAUCACUGUUGGAUGAUGCUGCAGUUUCUCGCGAAGGGUGCUCGGUGUAUGAAGUCGCCUAUCAGGUUAUAUGGGGAUGUUUAGUAGAAGAUUCGGCGCUAUUUUUACGUCACGUACUCGAAAGAUUGACAAGAGACCAUCAAGACGAGAUGUUUAAGCUCCUACGACACUUGAUACGAUUCAUACCGAGAUUACCACAACAAGCAGCGUUCGCUUUGUACAACUACAUCAUUGGUUAUGUUAUGUUCUACGUAAGAUCGCCGCAUGAGGAUGGACAGAGACUUAUCGGCGCUGCAUUAUCAAUACUGUGGAUGGUAGUGCACAGCGUUCACGGCAUAAUGUUUAAAGAUUUAAAACAAAUAUUGCGUAAAGAACAAUGUGACGCUUCGAUCCUGUUAACUGCAAACGUACCCGCUGCCAAAAAAAUUAUUGUGCACGGCCCAUCUGACAACGAAGGUAGUAUACCAUCGCAAUUUCCGGUACAGGAAGACACCCAGUUCUGUCAAAUUUUAAGAGAAUCUUUGGAUUACUUUGGCAUUCCAGAAAAAUUACAUGAGGAGCAUUUUCUGGUUGAUUUUAAAACACGUCAAAUUCACAACGCUCAAAGUUACGUCCGUGACCACUAUUUCUUCAAACGCUCCCAAUACCCCCAACUGGGGCUCGUACAUUUGGAGCCAGAAGAGGCAUUCGAAAAAUUACAACAGCAGGAACUGCUGCAAAAAUUUGUAGAAAUCGGAAAAGUAUCGCUAACUUGGGCUAUUCUUAAAAAUGUGGACAUGGUAGUUCAACGUGUAGUAUUCCUUCACGACGAGCUUAUGAAGUUGCCAUCGUUUCCAAGAAAAGCUCUGGAAGCGGAUCUAGUUCUGUAUAGCCGUGGACCUUUGGGUUCGACUCUACUGGGCUUAGAUGUACUGCACAAGUUUAUGUGGGUUCGUCUAAUAGCCCGUAUGUUCGAAGCGAUGGCGGGGAACUUUACAUCCUCAAGAGACAUUCACCUGUUUUUAAACGUACUGAACGGUGCCUUGAUGCUUCAUAGUGAAGAUUCACUUAUUCUCCGAUAUGUUAUAGCAACAUAUGUCAACGCAGCUUUUAAUUUCAAGAACAUAUUUUCAACUAAUGGCUAUCUCCUCAUAAUGCCGACACUUCUACAAAUAUACUCCAAUUUCCAAACAAAUAAAUUAGUGACGACAACAAUAGAAUAUGCCGUGAAGCAGUUUUACUUGCUCAAUAGAAAACCAUUCAUUUUACAAAUGUUCGGAUCAGUGUCUGCUAUUCUGGAUACUGAUGAAGACGCAGCUUUUGGAGACGCAAGCAAAGUUCAAUCUAGCUGCCUCUUCAAUCUUCUUUUGAGUUUAGAAACCCCAUCGCCAGACCCCCUUCAUAUAGCAGAGCUGAUCAAAGAAGAGAAGCCGUUGAAGCCCAUAGACUUCUGCUACCGGGACGAGGAAGAAAUGGUCAAUGUGCUUGACUGCAUCAGCCUUUGUGUGAUGGUCGUGUCGUAUUCUGCAGAAAGUAUGCGUGGAUAUCAAAUGCUUAUAAUACUCGAAGCGAUACUGCCAUGCUAUGUGAAGCAAAUACAACUUCCAACCUACAACCGAGAAGGCAAAACUGAGAAAGAAAUCAUUCAACAACUUGCCAUAGCUAUUAAAACUCUUGUCAAUAAUUGCGAAGGAUUGUCCAAAUCAUACAACGGCCCGUACCGCACAUCUCCAGAACACAAAGGCUCCUCGCAGCGCGGCUGUCCCAGACCGGCAGCAACUCCGUUCUUGGCUCUCGAUAUACUGGACGAUGAGUCGCACUCGCGUUACGUGAGCGACCACUCUCGUAUGCCACCCGUCACUGAUUACACGGGCACUGAGGAUUCUGAACUCGUACGUGCAGAGUAUCGCCGGCCUCGAGACGUGUUGCUCUCAUUAGUGGGUGAUUUUAUCGACCGCGCCACAACACGCUUGCUAGAUUUAAACGGAUCAAAGGGUAGCGGUGGCUCAGAAGGGAAACCUGUCGAACUCCUCGAUUCGAAGUCACAUGCGAGAUUAGCCGAAAUUGCCCAUUCAUUGUUAAAAGUGUCCCCAUACGAUCCGGAAUCUAUGGGUUGUAAAGGUUUGCAACAGUACAUGAUGCAAGUACUGCCAGCUGCUGAUUGGGCUGAUGAUUCUUUAAAACCUGCAUUGAUUAUGAUUUUGCGGAGGCUCGAUAAAGUCUUUAUGAAGAUAGCAAAAAAACCUAGUAUUAGAAGAAACACUGAUUGGGACUCUGCAGCAAUUUUACUCAAGGGAAUUUAUGAAACGAUGCUACGUUGCCCAUAUAUAGUCCACUGGCAACAAGUCAAAACACUUCUAAACACUGUUCAGGCAUUAAUAGUAUCAGAUAAUAAUAGUGGGGAGAAUUUAUCAUCCGCGACGGCUGCUUUGAUGUCACAACCACCGCCGCCACACUUUGGCAGCACUGUCGUUCGUUUGAUUGCAUUGCAAGUUGGCCAUACAGGGGACAGCUACACCUUAGAACAAAUGUGCGGCGGUAGUCCAAUAUUUCAAACUGCUGAAAAAACUGAAAACAUGCUGAUGAAUUUGAUAAUGCCUUUGAGUUUAAGAGUUGGCGCUGGACGAAAAGAUGUGCCGCCGCUCCGUCAAUCGGACGUAUCGUACCUAGUGUCGGUGGUAGUUAGUGCGUUAUGUCCGCCCGCGCCGCCCGGACAAGCGUUCGCAGUCAACGCCAAGCUGGGCACGGAUGCGCGCGCCAACUCGCUCACCUUCACUGGCAGUCGGGACACGAGGAACACCACACGUUUGUCCAAUAUUCUGUACAGGAUCGCAUUUUUAGCGCUGAAAGUGCUAUGCGCAUGUUUCACCAGCGAACUAUGCAGUGAGUGGGGUAGAAUCGCAAGAGCCAUUCGGGAAUUAGGACGCCGUAACGAGGCAGCUCACCAUUUGUGGGACUUCCUCGAAUACAUCGUCACGUAUCGCACGCCGCUCUACAUCCUUUUGCAGCCUUUUAUCGUGCACAAGCUAUCACAACCGCCAAUCGGCGACCACGAGCGUCAUAUGCAGUUCGUGGUGCGCGAGCGCAUCCGCGGCCUCAAGCUGCCGGCGGCGCGCGCGCGCGGCUCGCUGCUGGCCGAGCUGGCGCGCGAGUUGCGCAUCAUGCGGGACACGCACGACAACUACAAGUUCGAACAACUAGAGAACCUCGGCCAAGGCGGCGGAAAACGCGCCUCGGAAGCGGUGCCGCGGUCGGGGCUGCCCGACAAGCAGCAGCAGCACCGGCCGUCGCUGAUCUCCAUGCUGGUGGGGCGAGCUGCGCCGCGCACGCCCGACCACCCAUCCGCGCCGUUGUCGGCACAACGAGAAUCACUGUCUAGUAGUUCAACAACAAGUCAACCUGUAUUCGACAUACCGUCCAACAACAACAAUGGCAGGUUUAGUGACAACAGUAACAACAACAUCAACAAUGCUAAUAUAGGAACAAUAAACAACAAUUUUGGCGGAGACCAAAAACCUGUGCUCAGUACACCUCCAUAUGGAAACGUCCAACCAAAACUGCGUUUCGUACCUUCAGUCGAGUUCAAACUGACUACGGGAGCCAUAGGCGAGGCGGCCCUGACUCCCCUGUCGCCGGUGUCAGCCGUGUCGACGGGAGAGUCGUGUGAGGAGGCGGGCGAGGGUGCGGAGGACGAUCGGCCGCGCCUGCACCGAGCGCAUGGACCCUCCAAAAAGACCUUUAAGUUCCGGCGCAGUCGACAUGCAAAGCCUGAGCCAUCUACACACGUUCGCUUGGAGUCCGACGAGUGUUCAUCGCCUGGGCCCGAAGGCACGCCGCUGCGCCGCGCGUGGCCGUCUCUGCUGCAGCCCACCACUACGGUCACCGAUACAUCCUACGACAGCGAAAUAUCACAAACGUCCUCUACUUCUGGAUAUAGGGAGAGUUACAGCCUGCAGGCGUCGAUGUCCGAGUCUCCCGGCGGGUCGGUACGCGCGGUACGCAGCGAGUCGGCCACGCCACACGCCAGCCCCGACGGUAAACAGCUCCUUCUCUAAGCUGCGAAUCGGCCACAUCGUCUGCUGAAAGGACUGCGUUACUCGGCGCGGCGAGCCAGCGCUCUCUCCUGUUGAGCAGCGAACUUCGAGAUGAAGAUACUCUGCUAUAAUCUACACAUAAUAAAAUCAAAAUUUUUUUUUUUUUACAAAGAAAGAAAGAAAAACAUCCAAAUACUAAAUAACAUAAGUAGGAGUAAAAUUUAAAAGUCAUGAAAUUGCUAAUUAAAUAAUUCAGUGCGCUUUCAUUUGAGAUCCCGCUCGAGUCUUUUUGUAGACAUUAUUCUUCCCCACUUACAACCCUCCCCCCCCACAUACAACUUUUAAACAGCUCAACUAAUUUCAUUGAAUAUAAGAAAACUCGCACGUGUCACCUUUAAUACAAAAAAAACUAAUUUGAAAUCGCUUCAUACGUUCGGGACCUAUGGUAUCACAGACAGACAUAUGACACGUCAAACUUUUAACACCACUUUUUUGCGUGCGUCAGGGGUUAAAAAGACAUCUUUCACCACGUUUGUCAGUCAAUUCUCAAUAAAUCCUUUAACUACUGAAUGGAUUAAUUUAUUAUGAAACUUGACUAAACCUAAUGUGAUACAACGUCGGAGUAUGCCCACCUAAUUUCGAACCCAUACGGGGCCCUUAGUCAUGAGCUGGUUCUUGCAACGCGGCACGAUCCAAACUCCGUCAGAACCGAUCAGUUCGAAUAAGGUUGUAUGACGUGAGUUUUAGUCGUGUUUCAUAAUAAAUUAAUAUGAAUAAUACACUCACGAUAGUUUAAACUCUGAAAUACUGAACAGAUUUUUCUGCAGUUAUCACCAAUAGAUAGUGAUUUAUAAGGAAGGCGUAUUUAGGUAUAUAAUUUGUCUAGAUUUUGUGUAAACCAAACCGCCUGGGAGCUUCUAUAACACUAGGUAAUCCCUCUGAGAGAUAAGAAAAUAAUGUACUGUAUUGUAGGGUAGUUCUCUUUUAAAGAUCUACAAAAAACUUGGUGUUAAAACUAGUUAUCUUAUAAAUUGACUGAGAUCAUGAUGAAGAUUUUAAAUUACAAGUAAAAUAAUGUCAUAUUACUGGAUAAGGAAUUGUGUAGUCAGCUCUGAACAACAUAUAAAUGUAGUAAUUAAAAAAAAUACAAUUUAUAAUAUUGAUCUAAUCAUAUGUUAUGUAUGAUGGAGGUGGAAUUUCCAAUCAAUAUAAUAUAAAUAGUUUACUCAUUUUAAAGCCUAAGAAAAAAUUCAAAAAUAAGUGUUUUCUAUAGAUAUGUUCUUCUAAUAGAGAUUUAAUUGAUAUAGCUGUGAUUAUGAUAUACAGAAAUGAUUUAUUAUGAAGAUUUAUUUUAUGUAAUAAAUGUUUUGUAGAUGUUUUUGUCAA